UGGAUACUGGGGACAAUGCUCGUGUUGAUUCAUCAGCAUCAAGGUGAAAGCAGCUCCACACCAGGCCCCAGCACAGAGGAGGGCCCCCUGACGCAGCUCCGCCACAUGGCCCAUCGUCGAGAGAAACGUUGCUCAUGUGAGAACCAGAAAGACAAAGAAUGUAUUUUCUUUUGCCACAUCGGCAUCGUCUGGGUCAACACCCCGAGCCAAGUGGUUCCGUAUGGAUUUGGGUCGGUCCGUCUGAGGAGAGAGCUGAGCCGCUGCCUCUGCAAACACAAACAGGACCCAGAGUGUGAGAGGUUCUGCUCCUUCAGACCCACCACAGAAGAAGACAUCAGCCUGGAUAAAAGGACGCUCUCAUCACAGCACAAGGGUCGCCGCAGUGCAUUCUGGGAGAAACGGGACCGACACGCCCUUAAGCCUCACACCUGAACGCAGCACACCUGAGUAUUUGUCCUUUAAAUAGAGGACUCCUUGU